CACAAUAUUAGCGUCGAAAAACCAACUAGGCAAAUACUUUUCGGCUACAUGACUGGGUUGCUAUUAUUAGUGUCUUAUAGGAUUAAAACAUUUCAGGUGGGAAACUAUUUCCUCGUGAAACUAGACCCAGCUGAAAAAUAUAUAACUUGUUUGUCGUCGGCAACAACACUCGAGAAACGGAAUGCCCAGCCGGAAGUUGUUGCCGGACACAGCGAAGAAGCUCCGUGAGAGCUCCCAGGGGCUGGCCGGAGUGGCGGAGCGAGUGCGGCGCGACUUCCUGUGUGAGCUGAAAGAUUCGGGACUGGUGAUGCACGUGAGAGGGGAUGAUCGUGAAAUUGUGGAACUUGCGGCCGAAGCGCUGGAAAUGUCCGUGAACGACAGCCGCUCAAACGCCACCAAGACCCUGGGCCCGCACGGUACCGUGAUCUGGAUGUUUAGGGACAGAGAUGCCAAACAUAUACAGCAUUUAUUCGCUGCGGAUCUUGCGGAUGUAAGGCAAAUUAGAACUGUAGCAGUGACUUUAACCCCGGACGAAUUCAACCCAAUGCUGCUGGAAAUCAAAUGUGAUCAGAAAGUGUACGGAGAAGUGAAAAGGUACAUGAACAAGCUGCAGAACCGGCUGUCGACUGUGGUAUCAGGGACGAUGCGUGUGCAGACGCGCGAGAAACCGUUGGCGCGCCAGUUUGAGCGGCGGCUGGUGGACGGCCGCGUUUACUGCCGGAUGUACUUCGGCAAGGAGCUCGUUUUCUUCGGGAAGAUCUUCUCACAGGUGCAGGCGGCCAUGGCGGACUGGGAUCACUUCCGGGAUCAGGAGAUGGGCAAACUCUGCGCCGAUACGGUUAGCCGGAAGUUCACCCGUUCCCUGCCGGUUCCCGUUCUGAGCCAGCUGCGGAGGCAGAAGGGUGGCAUGAAGCCACUCAUUCACAAGUUGCGUAACGACUUCCUCUUAGACAUAGACUAUGUAGAGGGAGAAGAUGCCUUCAAGUUGAUGAGCGACAUCGGGGACGUGGUCGACAUGGCGUACGACCUGCUAUGUAGCAAGGUGAAGACCCCCAACGCCAGGACCGACCGGCACAGGAUGCUGGGCACCCGAGGAACGGUCAUUUGGACGUAUAAGGACAACCUGGCAAGGCAUUUUAAGCAUCUUUUUCAGAGGGAGCGUGAUAUGCUGAAAGACAUUAAGUCUACCUAUGUACGAUUUUCGCCCAGCUUGACUAACCCCCUCAGCGUUGAGAUCAAGUGUGAGCAAUUUUCGUAUGAAAUAGUAAACAAGAUUAUGCAAACUGUGGAACAAGACUUGAUGGCGUGUAAGUCGCGCUCACUUCCGCUUGAGCGUGGAGACCGACAACUGGCCGCCCUGUUUGAGCGGAUGGAGCCGGCGGGGCGGUUUUACUGCAGAGUGCUGUUUUCCGGUAGGGAGUUGACGUUCUUCGCUCGGAACGAUGCCGCGACGUCCGUGGGCAUAUCAGAGUGGCACAACUUCAAGCGCACACAAAGUGAUAAAGUGACGAGAGAAGAAAGGGAGAACCGGAAGCUGCAGGAAAAAAAUCUUAAAGAGCAGGAGAAGCGCACGGCCCGGCAGCGUCUUGGGGAAGAGAGACGCGCGGCCCGGGAGAAACAGGAAGAGGAACGGCGGCUCAAGCAGCAGGCGCGUGAGGAGAAGCAGGCACGGCGAAAGGUCAAGUUCCUGCCAGACGUGAAAGAAGAAAACGGCGAAGAGACAAGCGAGCCGACAGCGUCUACCUCCAAACAAGAUUUACGACAACCAGCUCCGACUGUAGACAUGGCAGCAUUGACCUGUCCCGUUUGUAAGAAAAAUUACGUGAAGUUGUCGGAGGCAGGAACCCGUCUCAUGACGACCAAGUGCAAGCACAUUGUGUGCCAGCCGUGCAUCGAGAAGGCCAAUUCCGGUCGCAAGGGUUGCCCCGUGUGUAAAACAAAGUUGCUCAAGUCGGACCUCAACUUUGUCACGCUGCUUCAGAUCAAUCCAGGGCAUUAGGACGCGGUCUAACUUUCCUUGAAAUGUUCAAAAGUUAAAUACAGGCCAGUAGGCGCCAAGUUUCUUCCUAAAAGUUAUGUCAUAAACUAGGUUCCGACAUGUUACUAUUGCCGACAUUCCAAUAUUGUGCUUUGUAUUUGCGACAUUUCACUAUUGUGCUUAUCAUUGCCGACAUUUCAUCAUUGUGCUUAGUAUUGCCGAUACAUCACUAUUGUGCUAAGUAUUGCCGACAUUUUACUAUUGUGCCUAGUAUUGUCGACACUUAGUAUUGCCAACCACAGUGGCUUGAUGACAAAGGCUCAUUAAAGUCACA